CUCGAUUUCUUGGAAGACGGAGGUGUCGACUUCGAGCAUGCAAUCACCGUAACAGGAUUUGGAAAGUUUCACUACAUGUUGUUGGCAAUAUGCGGGCUAAUUUACAUGGAUACUGCCAUAGGCGUUACAAUUCUUUCUUUCGUUUUACCUGCCGCACAAUGCGACCUGGAAAUGGAUUCAACUGCAAAAGGAUGGUUAACUGCAUCACCGAUGUUGGGUAUGGUAGUUGGGUCAUAUAUAUGGGGAUGCCUGGCUGAUACCAAAGGUAGAAAAGUAGUAUUGAUAGCAACCUUGUUAAUGGACGGAAUAGUCGGAGUCAUUUCGUCAUUCGUCCAAUACUUUUGGGUUUUUCUAAUCUUCAGAUUUUUCAAUGGUUUCGCGGUAACAGGAGCUAUGGGAAUUUGUUUCCCAUAUUUAGGUGAAUUUCAACCAACGAAAUAUCGCGAAAGGUGUCUUUGUUUGAUGGAAAUGUUUUGGACGGUCGGUGUAAUAUUAUUACCACUUAUCGCAUGGUUAAUCGUACCGUUAGAUCUGAGGUACGAAUCCGAAGUGUUUCACUUCAAAUCAUGGAAUCUCUUCGUUGCUUUAUGUGCUUUACCAUCAAUCGUCUUAGGAUUAUGGCUUUUUGCAUUCCCGGAAAGCCCGAAAUUUUUACUCGAGUGCGGUGAACCCGAGGCUGCCUUGGAAGUAUUCAAAUGGAUUUAUGCAACAAAUACUGGUCAAGAUCCAGAAACUUAUCCGGUAAAAUGUUUGCAAGAGAAAUCUAAUUCCAAGGACAAGAGUACAAGAUCAUUGAAACUUCAUAAGAAAAAAGAUUUGAAAGUACUUUUUUCGGAAGUUUGGGAAUUAACAAUGUCACUUUACAAACCACCUUAUCUUCGUAAUACUUUGCUUGCCUGUGCCAUACAAUUCGGUCUUACAAGUAGUUAUUAUACUCUUAUGGUCUGGUUUCCAGAAUUAUUUACUAGAUUCGAAGAAUUUGAACACGAUAAUCCUGGACAAACUACAUCUGUUUGCAUAGUAUCAUCAUUGUCGGAUAAUUCAACCAAUUCGGAUCCUUAUGGAUGCGAUACGGUCAUUGGUUUGAAUGUUUAUUUGCAUACAGUUUAUCUCGGACUCGCUUGUAUACCUGGUUCCAUCAUAUUACCAAUUUUCGUACACAAAUUGGGAGCGAAAUUUUUCUUAAUCUUAUCGUUGCUCGUCUCCGGUGCAGUAACCGUUGGUUUUUAUUUCGUCAUAAACUCAACGCAAAAUCUAAUAUUAUCGUGCAUAUUUGAAGCUUUGACGUCACUAGGCAUCUCUUUGGUUUACUGCAUAAUCGUCGACAUGUUCCCGACGAAUCUCAGGGUAAUGGCAGCAGCGUUAUCUCUAACAAUGGGUCGAUUAGGUGCAUUAGUUGGAAACUUAAUAUUCGGUUAUUUAAUUGAUUUAGCAUGCAUCGUACCUAUAGUGAUAUUCGCCGCAUUCUUGUUUCUAUGCGGCUUUUUGUCAUUCGUAUUACCACGAACGGGGAAAGAGACUCUCGAUUAAAAUAUUAAAAGAGAAAGAAGAAGAAGAAGAAUAAUAAUAGUAAUAAGAUAAUAAGAAAAAACGUGACUUUUGUGUGUCUCUUUGUGGAGAGAAAAUAAAACGAGUAACCCAUAGAGAAUGCAACGAAUUUGUGGAUUGGACAAAAAAAACAAAAAAAAAAAAAAUAAGGAAAUAAAUUAUAAAACAGGUUCUAUCUAUCAAUAGGAUUAUUGCAAAUAAAAUUUAUAUUUGCAUCGUAACAAAUUGUAUACAUUAUGC